AUGAGUCUUCCAGGGUGCCCAGGAGCCUCACACAUACUCACAGUAUUGACGUUUCUCAUGUAUGUGCUCUCCAGUGCAUUAGCAAAAAGACACGUCGUGUACUGGAACUCCACCAAUACCAGGCUAACGAGUGAGGACUACUCCAUCCAGGUGAACCUAAAUGACUACCUGGACAUCCUGUGCCCUCACUAUUCUUCCCCUGUUUUGCCUGAGGAAGGCCUUCCGGAGACUUUGGCUUUGUAUCUGGUUGCUGAGUCCCAGUUCCGAGGCUGUUACAAGACCAACGAGGCUAUAAAGAGGUGGGAGUGCAACAAUCCGUAUGCACCGUUUGGUCCGGUUCAGUUUACUGAGAAGAUCCAGCGCUUCACACCGUUCUCGCUGGGAAUCGAGUUCCUUCCUGGAAAUCACUACUACUACAGCUCCCUGUCCACUGAUGAUGGACCCUCCCUUCCAUGUAUGAAGCUGAAAGUCACAGUGUGCUGUAGUAAGUACUCCCCGCUCUAG